CCUUUUUCCCGGAAGUGCUGCUGUCAUUGGGAGCUUCUUUCAUUUUCUCCGUGCCCUUGCAGUUGCGAUUAGACCAAGAAUAGAACGACCACUUAACAAUGAAGUGAAGGGGUUUCCAUAGGAGUAUCUCUUACUUAUGGUUUUGGCCUGACGCGAGUGCUAGGGCUUCGGAAUGUUGCGGACGCGAGGAAUCGUGUGCGUGGCUUGUACGAGUUUGGCAAAAAGCAACAGAGGUGUUAAAAUCAGGAUCCCAUUGCAGAAGCUGAACCAUCUGUCACGUGUGAUCCACCACAGGAGUUCCCCAAAUGUAAACCAACACAAAGCCGCACAGGUUCUCUAUACAUCAAUCAGGCAGUUUACCUCUUUCUCCAGGCAUCCAUUUCGACCCGUCCGCCCCCUAUUGAGUGUCCACAGUCACCAGCCCUUCAGGACAUUUUGGGUGGCCAGACUAGCAUCUCGAUUGCUUCGACUUCGUUAUAUUUUGUUGGGCUCAGCUGUUGGUGGAGGUUACACAGCUAAAAAGACAUACGAUGAGUGGAAAGAUAUGUUGCCUGAUCUUAGUGAAUACAAAUGGAUAGUUCCUGAUUUCAUCUGGGAGUUAGAUGAGCACAUUAAUUUAGAGAAAAUAGCCAGUGCUUUACCUGAUGCUGAAACACUUGCGAAACUGUUGCCAGACUUUGAAAAGAUAGGAGAGAAUUUCAGUUUUCUAAAAGGCUUGAUUUCUAAUGGUGUGAUUUUAUUUAGUGAAGUCAAAGAAGCUUCUGGUCUGCAUCUGUUGUUAGAAUCUUCACAAGAAUCCGUGUUUAAGUCUACGGACAAGCAUGGCUUUGAAGGCAGUGACAAGCAGUUUAAAAAGGGCCUACUUGGAGAACUGCUUCUAAUACAGCAACAAAUCCAGGCGCAUGAAGAAGAAGCUCGCAGGGCCACGGGGCAGUAUAAUUCCAGCACUUCCCAGCCAAAACACAAGGUUUCUGACAAAGAAAAAGCAGAAAAGCUGCAAGAAGAACUUUUGAGGACUCAGUUGAAAUAUCAGAAAAUCCUGGAACGCUUGGAAAAAGAAAACAAAGAGUUAAGAAAAGUGGUGCUUCAGAAAGAUGACAAAGGGAUUCACCAGAGGAAGGUGAAGAAGUCAUUGAUUGACAUGUACUCUGAGGUUUUGGAUAUCUUAUCAGACUAUGAUUCUAACUAUAACACUCAAGAUCAUCUGCCAAGGGUGGUAGUUGUUGGAGAUCAAAGUGCUGGGAAGACCAGUGUACUAGAAAUGAUUGCUCAGGCUAGAAUAUUUCCUCGGGGUUCAGGUGAAAUGAUGACUCGGGCACCUGUAAAGGUAACCCUUAGUGAAGGCCCACACCAUGUAGCUAUGUUUAAAGACAGCUCCAGGGAAUUUGACCUUACAAAAGAAGAUGAUCUUGCGGCUUUGCGGCAUGAAAUUGAGAUCAGGAUGAGAAAAAGUGUAAGAGAAGGACACACUGUCAGCCCAGAGACUAUUUCUCUAAGUGUUAAAGGUCCUGGAAUACAGAGAAUGGUUCUGGUAGAUCUUCCUGGAGUAAUAAGUACUGUUACAUCAGGAAUGGCUGCUGAUACAAAGGAAACAAUUUUUAGUAUUAGCAAGGCCUAUAUGCAGAAUCCAAAUGCCAUUAUCCUUUGUAUUCAAGAUGGUUCAGUGGAUGCUGAGCGAAGCAUUGUUACAGAUCUCGUGAGUCAAAUGGACCCUCAGGGCAAGAGGACAAUAUUUGUUUUGACUAAAGUUGAUCUAGCUGAGAAGAAUUUGGCCAGUCCCAGCAGGAUUCAACAAAUUAUAGAGGGUAAACUGUUCCCUAUGAAGGCAUUGGGAUACUUUGCUGUGGUAACUGGAAAAGGAAACAGCAGUAGUGAGAGUAUUGACUCAAUUAAAGACUACGAAGAGGACUUUUUUCAGAAUUCCAGAUUAUUAAAAAAUGGAAUGCUUAAAGCCCAUCAGGUGACAACUAAAAAUCUAAGCCUUGCAGUGUCUGACUGUUUUUGGAAAAUGGUCAGUGAGUCUGUGGAGCAACAGGCAGAUGCAUUUAAAGCCUCACGCUUCAAUCUUGAGACAGAAUGGAAGAACAAUUAUCCCAGACUGCGUGAACUUGAUAGGAAUGAACUAUUUGAAAAGGCCAAGAAUGAAAUCUUGGAUGAAGUGAUCAGCCUAAGUCAGGUUACACCAAAACACUGGGAAGACAUUCUUCAGAAGAAGCUGUGGGAGCGGGUGUCCACACAUGUGAUAGAGAAUAUCUACUUACCAGCUGCUCAAACAAUAGACUCUGGAACUUUUAAUACCACUGUGGAUAUCAGGCUGAAGCAGUGGACAGAUAAGCAGCUGCCCCACAAAGCACUUGAGGUAGCCUGGGAGACCCUACAGGAAGAAUUUACUCGCUUCAUGUCAGAGCGGAGAGGCAAAGACCAGGAUGACAUUUUUGACAAACUGAAGGAGGCAGUGAAAGAUGAAAGCAUUAAACGGCAUAAAUGGAAUGAAAGAGCAGAGGACAGUCUGCGUGUUAUUCAACACAAUGCUCUGGAAGACAGGUCCAUCUCAGACAAAGCACAGUGGGAUGCAGCAAUUCAGUUUAUGGAAGAGACGCUACAGAAUCGCCUUAAGGACACUGAAUCCAUUAUCAAUGACAUGAUAGGUCCAGACUGGAAACAGAGGUGGCUGAAUUGGGUGAACCGAACACCUGAACAGCAUAUUCGAAAUGAAACCAAAAAUGAGUUGGAGAAGUUGCUGAAAGUAAAUGAUGGUCAUGCAGCUUACCUAGCCAAUGAUGAGGUGACGACAGUCCGCAAAAACCUUGAAGCCAGGGGGGUAGCAGUGGAUCCCAUUUUGAUAAAAGACACUUGGCACCAGCUUUUUCGUCGGCACUUCCUAAAGACAGCACUGUCUCAUUGCAAUCUUUGUAGAAGAGGAUUCUACUAUUAUCAAAGGCACUUUGUGGAUGCAGAGCUGGAGUGUAAUGAUGUUGUCCUGUUCUGGCGGAUCCAGAGAAUGCUUGGAAUUACAGCAAAUACUUUGAGGCAGCAACUUACCAAUAAUGAAGUGCGACGACUAGAGAAAAAUGUAAAAGAAGUGUUGGAAGACUUUGCUGAUGACAAUGACAAAAAGGUCCAACUAAUUACUGGAAGGAGAGUGCAAUUGGCAGAAGACCUCAAAAAGGUUCGUGAAAUUCAGGAGAAGCUUGAAGCAUUUAUUGAGGCCUUGCAUCAGGAAAAAUAAGAUCUGUGGUGAGAAUCCAAGUAAAACUCAAUAGACCUAUCCUUUUUCCAAGGGAAAAAGAAAAAGAAGAAGCUUCACCUUUGCCACCCUCAGAGUUAUUUGACAUUUUUUUUAAUGCCACAUCAAUGUCCCCUUUAUUCACUGUCUGAUAAUCUUGAAUCACAUAGAUGGAUCCAGAUUAUGGGAGUCAAAGCUUUUACUUCACUUUUAUGCUGUGGUCUUGCCCUUAAAUUGGCUGGAAUUAAUGUAGAGUUUCUUCCAGAGAAUGAGUAGCUUCCCACAUCUCCAUCAUAGUCUAAUUAAACCCCAGUUAUUCUGAAAUCAAUACAUAUCCUAUUUGCACAGGGUAUGAUAUAGAAAAAGAAAAAUAAUUGGUUUUAGAAGUUGAAAUUUUAAUGCAUGGGUACAGUGACAUGGCCACUUUUCCACUUCCCACUCUAUUCUGAGUCUGUUAACUGUUUCUGGAGAGAUGAUAGUUCUACUUUUUGUACAGUGUGAAUAGAGACCUGAGCCCCUAACUGCAAACUAUAAAAUUAGCAAGGCAUAUUUAACAAUGCAUUUGAGUGUCAGACACUUUUUUAUGUGGUAAAGGAAUUUUUAUUUUGUUGAUUCAAUGCUGUGGCUCUCCUUGUGUUCCAUAUUUCUGCUGAGCAGCUGUGAUGUCAUCCAUCAACAUUCAGUACCUUAAGCCACUCCAUGAGAAGAAAAAAAAGUUUGAUUUUAUAAAGUUGAAUAAAGCAGCAAGAAACCCCUUGGCAUGUAUUUGCUCUUCCAAAAGAACUCAAGAGACCUAUUAGCCACCUAAUUAAUGAGGUGCAGUAGACUGGGAACUGAGGUUCUGUUGUCUAUUAACUUGUUAACUGAAGUUCCUGAUCUGUUGCAACAACUUAGGACUGAUUUUUGGUGGGAUUUUCAGUGUAAUGUAUUAGAUAACCAUGGAGGUUUUUACCCACCCUGCAGUUUCUUGGUUAGUGCAGUCACCUCUUUCACAAGGUUUUUGACUAGGUAUUAUUGCCUGGUGCUGGAAGAAUUAAGUUGUUAAAACUUCCUAAUGAUUGUAACUCCCUGCUUCAACUUCAUGUACACCUUCUAAAUAAUAAAUAAGACUUAUAGUCUCGCACCAUGCUGUAUACAUUAACUUGCAGGGAUGGGGCUUGUAGGUUUGAAGGUGUCUUUAUUUAGUACUGUACCAGUAUUAUUUUUAAACUUAAUUUUGUAAUUCCUUGCCCACUUGUAUCAAAUAUAAAACUGAUGUGAAAAAUUUGGAAGAUGGAAAAGGCAAAGUAAAUUGUUAAACAUUAGAUCAAUGCUAAUAUUUUUUGUAAAAUCAGCACAGCACAAGUUGAAAGUAGCAAAUGUUCGCCUCAUUUUUUGUAUUUCUUUCUCUCCCCCCCCAGCCUGCAUGAUGUAUGCUAUUUAAGAUGAUGUAUUUAUUGAUUGAUGUGGCAAAUUGUAUUUACUCUGUUAUGUAAAAUGGAAAUAAUGGAAAUAAAGUGUCCAGUCUCUCUAUCCCAAUCAAGUGGAGAAAGUCCAGCCCAGUCAAA